CCUCCGCGCAGCGCCUGCGCACACGGUGACCUUUUACCAGUCUCUGCCUGUGGGUCUCUGCCGGGUCCUGCCGUUACUUUGGCGCCGAGAUGCUUCAAAGCUUUAUUAAAAAUGUAUGGGUCCCCAUGAAACCUUACUAUACCGAAGUUUACCAGGAGAUCUGGAUGGGAAUGGGAUUGAUGAGCUUCAUUAUUUAUAAAAUCAGGAGUGCUGAUAAAAGAAGUAAAGCUUUGAAAGCUCCUGCACCUGCUCAUGGUCACCACUAACCAGCCUCACUUGGAGUGCACAAGAGAUGGACCAUCAGUCUGCCCAUAGAGCUAAGCAAACUGUGUCACAUGGGAACAUGGACUGUCCCUUGUAUAAGUACCGUUUACUCAUGGCAUGAAUAAAUGUGUCUGUGUGAUGCACCACA